AUGCUAGAAGCCGGUGUAAAGCCUGACAACUUUACAUAUGCUGCAAUUCUUGACACCUGUGCUAACGUAGCUACGGUUGGUCUAGGAAUGCAGAUUCAUGCUCAGGUCAUAAAGCAGCAACUGCAGUCCGAUGUGUACAUAUCGACUACACUGGUGGACAUGUAUUCAAAGUGCGGUAAACUUCAAGAUUCAGAACUUAUGUACGAGAAAGCACCAAAAAAGGACCUUGUGGGAUGGAACAGUCUGAUAUGCGGUUAUUCACAGCAUGGUCUUGGAGAAAAGGCAUUGAUGGUAUUUGAGGAGAAGAGACCUGAGAAAGUGAACCCAAACCGCUCCACUUUUCUUUCAGUUCUUCGAGCGUGUGCACACAAGGGACUUCUCGGUACAGGAAUGUGUUAUUUUCACACUAUGCAAAAGGAGCAUCGUUUGGAACCUGAAAUUAAGCAUUAUUCAUGUAUGGAUAGAUGGGAAUGUGGAAAUUGCGGAGAAGGCUGCAAGUUGUAUUUUGCAGUUAGCGCCGGAUGA